AUGGCUCACGACGAGACGAGUGAUGUCGAUGCUGUUGUCCAGGAUGGGGAUUCCCAAUUCCGGAAUCAAGAAGACCGACCGGAGCUGUCCGAAGGCACCAGUACUCCCAACCCGGCACCUUUGUCGGGCGUAGACGAAGCAAGCCGCCUCCGAGAGCUGCAGGCCGACGUUCGAGACCAGGAUGAUCUCGAGAGGGAUAUCUCACGCCAGGCCGAUAAGUUGCUCCUGGAACAGGCCGAUGAACGCGAUAACAAGCGACUAGAAAAGACUAGUCAGGAAAAAGAAAAAGUCGAAUCGCAGAUCUUAAAAUUACACCAGCGCCUGUCACAGCCAGUUGGUACUGCCGCCCGUGUUCGCAUUCAGAAUGACAUGCAAAAAUUAGAAUCCCGCAAUGCUACGUUGGCAAGCGACUUGAAAGAAAUCCGGCAGCGCAUGGACGAGAGGCAACAGGGAAGAGAACCUGACGUGCAAGAAAAUGGGACGGGAAGGCUGCCUCACGAGUCUCGGCGAGACUAUCUCAUUCGAACCGGAAAAAUUACACCUUUCUCAACUAUGGGUUCUGGCCCAACCGAAGGGCCCUUAUAUAACCUUCAGGAUACGCUGAUUGAUGCCGAAGAUGAGCGCGAUGAGAAAGAUGCACUUGAACAAGUUAAGCAACGUUCGGCUGUCUCUCAUCGAAACCUGGUGCGUCCAGGUUUCGGGUUUGACGAGGCCAGCGAAAACUCUAUUGAAGAGAAACCCGAGCGUCCUAAAAAGAGACGGAAGCUAGAAAAAGAGGUUCAUGCACGAGAUGUUUCGCAACCAGAUGAUCCAGACCUCACGGCAGAAAGCCCGGCGGAAGAGGCUGCUUCCGACGAUGGUUCAGGGAGUUAUGUGGCAUCUGAAGGAGCAGAAUCUCUGUCUUCUGACGAAGAGGACUUUAUAACCGAGGAGAGAACCACACGGCCGGCAGCUUCGGGUAAAACGAAGACAACGGAUGAUAUGGAAGACUUCAGUGGAGUAGAUGACGGAAACGAAAAGGUCUACCAGUCCAGACUUCAGAGCUGGGUCGAGCGUAGGAGCGCUGCCCGACGACGCACUCUGCAGGCGCAGGAGACGAACAUGGAGCCCGACGCUGGCCAUGAUGAGCAGGAAGAAGAGUGGUUCAUGCCACACCCCACCGUCCCGGAUCUACCAUACGAUAACUCCUAUCGUAUACCCGGCGAUGUACACCCGCUCCUGUUUGAUUACCAAAAGACUGGAGUUCAGUGGCUAUGGGAAUUGCAGCAGCAGCAAGUAGGUGGUAUAAUUGGUGAUGAGAUGGGGCUGGGGAAGACCAUCCAAGUUAUUGCCUUCCUGGCUGGACUCCACUAUAGCAAAAAACUAACGAAGCCGGUCAUCGUCGUAUGCCCCGCUACGGUCAUGAAACAGUGGGUCAAUGAGUUUCAUCGAUGGUGGCCACCGUUCCGUGUUUCGAUCCUACACACCUCUGGCAGUGGUAUGGUCAACAUCCGGAAUGAGACCAGCAGAGAAGAUGCGCUCUUGACGCAGACGCGGGAUUUUCGCGGCGUCUCGGGCGGCCUGAAGGCUGGCAGGAAAGUGGUCAAGCGCGUUAUAGAAGAGGGUCAUGUGUUGGUGACUACGUAUUCUGGUCUACAGACGUAUGCACCUCUCUUGAUCCCGAUAGAAUGGGGAUGUGCGAUCCUCGACGAAGGCCAUAAGAUUCGGAAUCCGAACACAUCAAUUACCAUACACUGCAAAGAGCUUCGAACCCCCCAUCGCAUUAUCUUAUCCGGCACCCCGAUGCAGAACAACCUCACGGAGCUUUGGUCGCUUUUCGACUUUGUCUUUCCUAUGCGCCUGGGAACGUUGGUUAACUUCCGAAACCAGUUUGAGUUCCCCAUCCGCCAAGGAGGCUACGCCAAUGCCUCCAAUCUACAAGUUCAAACGGCCACCAGGUGCGCCGAAACCCUCAAAGAUGCCAUGAGCCCAUACCUGUUACAGCGAUUCAAGGUGGACGUGGCGGCAGACCUUCCGAAAAAGAGCGAGCAAGUAUUGUUUUGCAAGCUCACGAAACUUCAGCGGCAAGCAUAUGAGGCCUUCCUCGGCUCGCAAGAAAUGCAAGCCAUUCUUAGAGGACGCCGACAGGUCUUGUACGGAGUCGAUAUUCUACGCAAGAUUUGCAACCAUCCGGAUUUACAGAGUCACAAGUUCAACUCCCAUCAAUCGGGCUAUGGAAAUGCUACCCAGUCCGGUAAAAUGCAAGUGGUCAAGUCGCUGCUAGAGUUGUGGAAGGACACUGGGCACAAGACUCUUCUAUUUACACAACAUCGCAUCAUGUUGGACAUUCUCGAGAAAUUCAUGAACUCGCUUUCCGGAUUCAAUUACCGACGAAUGGACGGAACUACGCCCAUAGCUCGUCGACAAACCAUGGUCGACGAGUUUAACAAUGACCCGAACCUGCACGUCUUUCUUCUCACAACAAAGGUGGGAGGUCUGGGCGUCAACCUCACCGGGGCAGAUCGAGUCAUUAUCUAUGAUCCGGAUUGGAACCCUUCCACCGAUAUGCAGGCGCGUGAGCGAGCAUGGAGGCUGGGACAGAAGCGGGAGGUCACCGUCUACCGACUCAUGACGGCUGGAACGAUCGAAGAAAAGAUCUACCACCGACAGAUAUUCAAACAGUUCCUCACCAACAAGAUCUUGAAGGACCCCAAGCAACGGCAGACAUUUCAAUUGAGUGAUUUGCACGAUCUGUUCUCCCUCGGAGACGAGACGCAAGGUCCGACUGAAACUAGCAAGAUCUUCCAAGAUGCCGACGUUACCUAUGAGGGUGGUGACAGCCCUGCUCAAAAAUCCAGCAGAUCGCGACGUGGAGGGGGCCGUGGCGGUGAACCUCCAGAGAAGCAGAAGAACAACGAGGUCGGCAAGGUGGAGGGCAUUGCAUCGGUCGAGGAAUUCCAAGGCGAUCCAGAAAAACCGAGCGAGCAGGAUGAAGGGUCUACGGCCCCGAAGUCGGAGUCACGUCUGAUGGAAGGCAUCUUUGCUCGUUCCGGAGUCCAUUCCGCUCUGGAACAUGACCAAAUCGUGAACGGUAAACGCGUCGUCCGUGCAGAUCCCAAGAUCAUCGAGGCUGAAGCCAAGAAGGUGGCUGCCGAGGCCGCCGAGGAGCUACGACGAGCAGGCGAAGCCGCCCGAUCCGUGCCAAUUGGAACACCAACCUGGACAGGUCAAUUUGGUCUCGCCGGAAAGCCCGCGGAGCCGGCAUUCGGUGGAAGUAGCAGCUCAGCCAGACGAGGGCCGGCCGGUCCGUCGUCUGCUAGUAUCCUGGCCAAUCUCUCGGCCCGCACGCCCUCGUCUCGCAGCGCAAGCAACAGCCCUGCGCCAGCCAAGGCUACCAGUGGGAUUGACUUCAUCACCAGGAUUCGCGAUUACAUCACGUCUCAGGGCGGGUCAGUCUAUACGCAAAUGCUGAUUGACCAUUUUAAUCGUCUCUGUACCACGCCUCAGCGGUCGGCGGAGUUCAAGGAAAUGCUGAAAACGAUUGCGGUACUGGAAAAGGGCGGUCGCAACGGACGAGGGAAAUGGUCGUUGAAGCCUGAGUACGCCCAAAAACGGUCCUGA